AUGGCGGCGUCCGAAGAGGAGGAGCCUGCAGCCCCCGAGGAGCCCGUGGACCUGGCGUGCGGCCUGGAGGACGUGCCCGUGAGCGUGUGGCCCCCGGGGGCGUGGCCGCCGCCCUUCCAGUACACGCCGGACCCCGUGGCCGGGCCCGGGGCCGAGGCCGACCCCGCGGAGGUGACCUUUCCCGGCUGCGCCUGCCUCCACCGGCCGUGCGCCGCAGGCACGGUCCGGCGGCAGGCGGCGCGGGACGCCAAUUACAUCAUCGCCGUGCGGGAGCACGCGGCGCGCGGGCAGCUGAUGGAGACGUUCGUGGACCCCACGCGCGUCGGCAACGUGGGAAGGUUCCUCAACCACUCCUGCGAGCCCAACCUGCUCAUGGUCCCCGUGCGCGUGGACUCGAUGGUGCCCCGGCUGGCGCUGUUCGCCGCCAGAGACAUUGCGGCCGGGGAAGAGCUCUCCUACGACUACUCGGGGAGGUUCCUGAACCCCGCGGGCGCGGAGGACGGCGGGGGGCCCGGCGACGGGAAGCGGGGGAAGCCCUGUUACUGCGGGGCCGCGUCGUGCGCGGGCGUCCUGCCCUACGACGGCUCCCUGAGGUGA